AGACGUUGCCUGUGUUCUUAUUCUGCUCUUCUCACGUGCUCUUCUUAGACGCGCGGCCGGUCGCUGUGCGUGCGCGCGAUCUCUCUCACGCGACCUUUCAGCUGAUUCGCCCUGGUGCCGCUAACGGUACGUGGUAAACCAGUGCACAUGCGCAGAUGGGUUGGUCUUAGCGUCAUCAACGUCGUCUUCAGCAUGCUGGCAGGGGUCAGCUACUCCUACGAUUCAUAUGACCUCAAUGACGUCAUUGACUGCAUACAGCAGAACCUGUGUCUGCUUGCAAAGAGCAUGGUGCUUAACAUGAUACCGAUACUGUGGUAUCUACCGAACGUGAAAAAGAGGUUUAAGUUUGACAUCAUUUUGGAGAAUGUGCGCAAGAAACGCGAGCUGUUCCGUAAGCUGGUGGAACAGCACAAGGCAACGCUGGAUCCCCUCAACCCACGUGACCUCAUCGACAAUUACCUCAUCAAAAUGACAGACGCGAAGAACAACAACGACACGUCACCGGGAUCAGAAUAUUACACUGGCGUCAUCUUUGCCGAGGGCAACCCGUGGAAGGAGAUGCGGAAGUUCACGACGCAGUCACUACACAAGAUGAUCGACAGACACAAGAUGGAGAGCAGCAUACAGGAGGAGGCUCUACGACUAGCGACCAAGAUGGGAGAAAUGAAGGUUGUCUUGUUAGGAAUCUCUUUCGACAGUUUCGACUCUCUAUAUCUCUUCUUCCUCGCGGGCUUCCUCUUGCAGCGAACACUGGUCCGCUGGGAGUGA